AUCUGGUUUCAAAAAUGCAUUUAAAGAUUGUUUUUUUUGUUAGGACUACAGUAAAUACUUGCUUCCUUGACUCUCCUCCACUCUGCUGACCCUAGACUAUGAAAUGCAAGUGUAAAAUCUACUCUGUUUUGCUCCUAGGCAUUACAGCAGGUUUCAUAAUCUCAACUUGUCUGCAGAGUCUAAUGGUCAGCAAUCUAAGCACAGAGACCACACAAACUAAUGGAGGGAGUUGGAGCAAGAGAGACUACACGGUGGACGGCACUGCAAGGAGCAUCAGGAAUCCUGCCAUGGAUUCAAGAGAAAGCAGCAGAAAUAAGAUUACCACAACCGCACCUCCUCCUCCUUUAAAAAUGAAAGAAGCACAAGUAGAAGAAGAGAGCAACAAUCCAGUCUUCCUCACAAAAAGACAAAGCAGAGAAGUGAUGGAAGACAAGGGGGAGAAGGCCCCUCAGCCUCUCUUAAUAUCCAAGGAAAUAAGCUCCAGACAGCCACUGACCAUUGCAGUAAUCACAGGCAAAGAGAGACUAUCCACUCACUGUACUUCCAUUCAUAACACAUGGGCUAAGAGCUAUCCAGGCAAAGUAAUUUAUUUUACAGUCGGUGAGGAUGCUAGCUCCAUGCCUCACUUACCUCACAGCAUGAAAGUUGUAUCGUUAGACCCAGCAGAACAACAAGACCCCAGCUCUCGUUCCUGGGACUCUAAAGAGUUUUUGGUCGUAAAGUAUCUCAUUAAUCAGUCACAAUCGAAAUCCAUAGAUUGGUUUGUGGUAAUCAGUGAUGGGGUCUAUCUCAACAUUGGGACGUUGAAAACGAGGCUUGAAGGCUAUGAACCAAGUGACAUCAGUGGGUACAUUGGUAGAGGCUUAUCAAGCGAUGAGAACAAAUGCAAUCCAAUGGCUGGGAUAGUGUAUAGCCGUGGCCUCAUGAAACAUUUAGAGGCACAUUUGCCUCAAUGUGAGGAAGAAGGACAGAGCAUUAGUGAGUGCAUUACAUUAACUGGGAUCCGUUGUACACAGGCUAAAGAGACCCUCAAACUAUUCUAUCAUGACAAAAGAAGCAUUGUUGAGUCUGCCUCUUUAUUCUCUACAUCGGAGCUCUCACAAGUCAUCACAAUUUAUCCUAUAAAGUACCCAAAGUACAUGUAUCGUCUUCAGACUUUCUAUUUGGAAUUGGAACACAACACCUCCACUACUGGAGCAGCAAAAGCAAAAGAGGACAUGGCGAAACUGCAUCCAUUUGUACCAACUCAUUUGAGAUCACCUCACAGACUGGAGGGAGAGAAAGAGGAAGGAGAAGAGCUCGAAGAAAUGAGGAGACUUGAGCCAACGAGCCAGAUAUCAUCAUCACAGCAACCAGCACCAUCCAUUAGACCUCCUCAUCUACCAAAGAACAAAUUUGAAAUUAAUUUCUGGGACUAUUUCAAUCAGACAAGGAUAAUGUCAGUAUUUUCUGAGCAGCCAUCUUCCGGGAUCAUUGGAGGGCUGAGAGAGGAAGCUCGCUACGUGCUAACAAAAGCAAUUUAUAUUGCAAACCAGGGUGUCCCACUAUCAGAGAGACUCAUGUUUGAGAAAUUAGAAAAUGGCUACCAUAGAACUGAUCCAAUGAGAGGGAGCGAGUACAUACUAGACUUUGUAUUUCGUAAAACUUUAGACAGGAACACGCGGGUAAGAAAAAGAAUAAAUAUACUUAGACCGUUUCAUGAGAGUGUAGUACCUGUCAACCCGCCGCUAAAUAAAAAAAGAGUAAAUUUUAUUGUCACUCUCUCCGGAUUGAGCAAUCGUCUUGAGCAGUUCCUGAGAAACUUUGAGAGAAAUGUCUUCACACAAAAAGAAGAUGCAUCACUGACUAUAGUCCUCUAUGAAGGACCAGAGAGCAACAAAGUACAUGAACUGGUGAAUAAGUAUACACAGCGACACUCCAGUGCUAACAUCAAUAUUAUCGAGACUCAAGGGAACUUUGCAAGAGGCGUUGGUCUCCAUCAAGGGACUCACCCAUUCAAGGACCACGAGCUCUUAUUCUUUGUCGAUGUUGAUUUGGAAGUGAAGACGGAUUUCAUUCAUCGCUGUCAGCUUAACACGAUACAAAACAAGCAAGCCUAUUUCCCUAUAUUUUUCAAACUCUAUAACUUGGAUUUCGUUAAUAAGUACUACAGAGGGAAUGAGAGCCAGUUCCUUUCAAGACAUAAUGGACACUGGGCCCACUAUUCCUAUGGUAUGGUCUGCAUAUAUGCAUCCGACUAUAGGCGGAGUGGUGGGUUCAAUUCAAAAAUACGUGGGUGGGGGGAGGAAGACAUUGACUUAUUGAAUCGUGUUAUAUCAAGGGGUCUGGAAAUAUUUAGAGCACCGGACCCAGGGUUGAUACAUCUCUGGCAUAGAAAGGAGUGUGACAAGAGCAAAAUAGCAUCCAAGAGAGCUUAUAAGCACUGCUUGCAGUCGAAAGCAGAGAACCUCGCCGACAGAACAGAACUAGCUCAUUAUGUGUUUCAGAAAGAAAUUUCCAACGGUAAUGAUGUAUUAUAAUUUUAAUAAUAAUUUUUUUUAUAAUAACAUUAUUUAUUUAUUAAUGUUUUGAUUUCACUUAUACACAUAAUAAUUAGCCAUAAAGACAAGACAAUGAUCCAUGCACAUUGAUGCAUUUGUUCUGCUAAACUGUGUUUGGGUUAUAAAAAUAAUUUUGCCACUAGCAAUUGUCUGUCACAGCAAUAUUGAAUGUCUCUAAGUUGCAGGCUGUCUUUGCAAGCUUGAAAAUUCUGCACAAAUGGCUGCUUCCAGGAUUCUUUAAAACAUCCACACUU